UUCUGGUGACCGAAUAAAAGAUCAAUUGUACACCUUCAGUUUGCAGUGGCUGCGAAUGUGCUGAUCUGCUUUGAGAUUUAUGAAGCAUUAUCACUCACAAAACCACAGCAAAAUAUAAUUUUGUUAAAGCAAAGGACCUUAAGAGGUAUUAGAAGUGGUAUAGGACUUUCCAAGACAAUGGAUCAAAAUCUCGUCAGCAAAACAAUGCAGGAGUUUAUCAAUGCUCAGCAGGAGUUACAGCGAAAGAAAAGUGAAAUUGAAGCAAUGAAUGCAAAGUUAUUAUCUAGUGUGUCUUGAAGCCCAAGACCCAAGUUCUAUUCCUUUGCCUAUGAUGGCUCCACAAGAUGACCCCGAGAUUUUCCUGAAAACAUUUGAAGAAGUUGCACAGCAUCAUAGCUGGCCUGAGCAAAUUUGGCCUCUAAAGUUAGCUCCACUUCUGUGUGGUGAGGCCCAGCUCGCCUAUGCUAAUUUCAGUGAUAUAAAAAUGCUGUCCUAUAAUAAAGUGAAAGAAGCCAUUAUUCAUCGCUUCAGGCUGACAUCUGAUUCAUACAGACAGCAAUUCCAUUCACUGAAGUUGCUGCCUGGUGAGUCCCCUCGCAUUGUUGCUGAGAAGCUAAAUGAUUUAGCAAAUAAGUGGCUUAGACCUAUGGAAACCGAAAAAACGAAAUUAUUUGACAAAGUUGUUUUGGGACAGUUCUUGUCGAUUUUGCCAAAAAACAUACAGAAAAGGGUACAGAUGCAGCAGCCUGAAGAUCUGGAAUCUGCAAUCAAAUUUGUUGAGGAAUUGUUUGAUAUUUUAUCAAACCCUGAAGAAGGUCCUUCUUACCAAAACGUCAGCUUACCAAAUGACCACAGGAAUAGUCCAGUAUUCUCGGAAAUGCCUAAUAAUGUUUCAACUUCUGAAAAAACAGCUGCUUAUAUGGUAAACAUCUCAGCUAGACUUCAAGAGGAGGCUGCAUCUCUGAGUCAUGAUGACCUCCUGCUACAACAGACAACUAAAAAUAAACAUGAGGAACAUUAUUCACCUGCAAAUAAACGGCAGUGUACAUGUGAGAAUGAAGAAUCUCUGAGAAGAUAUUUUGAAAAGGAAGAGGAAUCAAGAAAUGUUAUAUCAAGAAUGUAUGAUAAAGUAAAACAUUUGUUGUGCACUGGAUCUGAGGACGUUUACUUUUUAGAAGAACUGAAAAAGAAAAUCUCAAAAUUAAAAAGAAAAAAUAUUUAUGAAGAAAUAUUCAUUGGAAUAUUUGGCAGAACAGGAACCGGAAAAAGUUCACUGAUAAAUGCUCUGCUAAAUGAAAUUGAUUUGCUGCCCACAUCAUCAACGUCAGCCUGCACGUCUUGCAUUGUCCAAGUGCAGUCUCAUCAAAACUACACAAAGUUCAAAGCUCAGAUUGAGUUAAUCAGCAAAGAGGAAUGGGAAGAAGAAUUGAAAGUGCUUAUAAAACACUGUAAAAAAGAUGAUGACCUGGAUGAUACUGAAGAUGGAGAAGAUACUGAAAGUGACAGUGCAAAUGCAAAGAUAAGAGCAGUGUAUGGAGAAGAUGGACUGAAGAAAACUUUCUCUGAAUUGUCUAAAGAAACAAAUGAUAUCUAUAAAACCUAUAGAAAACAAAUCUCAGCUAACACCGCACUCGAAUUGUUUGAGAGGAUAAAUCCCUUUAUAAGGUCAGCCAGCCAGUCAUUUUCUAACUCACUUAGUCUGGAACAGGGUUGCGGGAUCGAAGUCGUACUGGUUGAUCUUCCUGGAACUGGAGAUUCAAAUAAACAGAGAAAUGAAAUGUGGAAGGAGUGUAUUAGCAGGUGUAAUUCUAUUUGGGUUGUUAUGGAAAUGAACCGAGGAGACUCUGACAAAAAUGCAUUAGAAAUCUUGAAUACAGUGCUGAAAGACAUUGCCUGUAGAGGACAGUGCCAAAAUAUAAUCGCUAUCUGCACCAAAACAGACGAAUAUGGCAUUCAAAGUAAUCAUAAUGUACAUGGUAUUCCAAGACAAGCAAACUCAUGUAAUGACAAUACAUUCAAAGCACAGAUUAUACGUAAAAGAAAUACUGAAGUCAAGCAGAAUGUGAUUGACAAAUGGAACAAACAAGUAAAGAAACUGCACCGUGAGGAGAGUGCUCUAGAAAGUCCCAUUGAAGUGUUUACAGUGAGUUCUAAGGAGUACUGGAAUAUCAAACAAGGAAAUGUGAACAUCUUAACAUUUGAAGAAACUGAGAUCCCCAAAUUGAAAGAGCAUUUGAAGGCUAUCCAUGUCAUCCAGACCAAGAAAGCAGUAAAAGAUUAUGUUUCUGAGGUGUCUGGGGUUAUAUCUUUCCUUAAUGUUCCCAAGGAAAACGCAGAACAGAAGGCUGGUGAGAAUAAAAUGAUGUAUUGUAAAUUGAGCAAAACUCUUAAAAUUGAGAUUAGCAUAUUGGAAAUUUUUUUCGACAUUACUUACAGAAAACUUGAAGCUGAAUUGGCAAAAGGUGUGGUAAAUGCUGAGAAAGACUGUCUAAAACAGCUUCAACAAAUUAUAAGACCGGUAGGAGCAAACUUCUGUGGUUUUCAUCAGACCAUUAGAGCUUUAUGCAGAAACUCUGGAAACUUUGGCAUCAUUGAUCUCAACUAUAAAUUAGCAUCCCCAAUCUAUGAAGCUGUGCAUAACAUCCUAACAAACAUCUUCAUGUAA